AUGAGAGAUCAACUCCAGAAAGCGAAGGAAGAUCUUGAAGCCUCGAUCAAUAAGGAACUAGAAGCUUUCCAGGGGAAAGCAAAGACCGAACAAGAUAAUUUAAAAUGCCAAUCUACCGAACGUCAGAGGAGCAUUCAAAGCGAUCAGGACGGGAAACUUAAGGCUUUACAGGCUCGUCAUGUCCAGGAGUUAGCUGACCUCAAAAUCGAGACAGAGAAGAAGAUUCAAGAAGCUAAGGCUGAGGCUCUCAAAGCCAAAAUUCAUUUGGACGAACGGGUUGGGGAGCAGGAGGCUUUGAUGGAGCAGAAAUUCAGACAGCGGAGGAAGGAACUGGAGGUGAAGGAGAAACAAGAGAAAGCAGAAGUCGGACGACUGGCUUUCUUCGAGGUCGAGAAGCAAGUCGAGUCAUCACCUUUGCUCAAGGCAACAAAUUUGUGGCUAAGCUUUCCACGACCGGUUGAGGCGACUCCAAGCCGAUCAGAGGCCAGCGCUCCGCUGAAUCGACCAGUCGUCAGUCCGAUCACUCCUCGGGAUGGUAGCCCUACGUGUGCUGCUACGAGUACUCCUCAGAAUGCAACUACCGGACCCAAUCCUGGAGUGGCCGGCUCUGAAAACGCUCUGAUGGGUACUCCUCAGGGGGAACACUCUCGAGCUUCUUCGAAGAUACCGACUGCUAAAAACAAAAAGCCGGCAUCGAAUACUCCGCCCAAUGCAGUUCCUACCACUCCUCAGCAAGAAGCCGCUCAAACUUCGGCGAGAACACCGGCUGCGAGUGCUCCAAAGCCUGAUUCGGAUGCCGCAGCUAAUGCAACUCGUAGCAAUUCUCACAAAGAACUCGCUCGAGCUCCUUCGAGGACACCAGCGCCAAGCACUGCAACGCCUGCACCAAAAGGGCCUUGCAAGUCACUUCUUAGCACCUCCACGACGGCUUCACAAAGCACACUAUCCAAGACACAACGUCCGCCCCAAGCUAAGGCAGCUGCAACUCCUGAAGGUUGUUUGCAAGGAGCCGCUGAUGAGGCUACUGUCCGCUUGCCACCAAGAACCCCAACGAAGACCUCCUCACGGCUCAAAAAACCUGACACGAUUAAGUCCGAAGGUAGUUUGAGCAGAGGCGUGGUACCACCAACCCUAGAGGGAGAGCGCCGGGCAAUGUUGAGGACUCCGUCACAAUCGCUUGGAGAAAAGCGCAAGAAUGGCUCCCCACAAAACGGAUAUUCCUCCAAAGAUCGCCCUGACGAGUUGGAUUUUGAUUUUGGCGAUGGGAAUGAGGGUGGUAUGUCCGCGAAACUCCUUUCGGUCAAACGCGCAAGGACUUCCGACAACAAGUUCAGUUUGUCUCAAAUGGAAAACGUGAAGGCAUUGUCCCAGCCUCAGCUGGGCGAUAGGUCGAAGAUGUCUGAGAUCACGACUGCACAUCGGCAACCGCUUUCCCAGAUGCCAGCUGGACGACGACAAACAGCCCCCCAGAACGCAGCACGACAACGACCAACAAUAUCACGGAACAUAGCAGGAGAGCGAAGCGCGGCAUCCCCGACCCCACCUAGAAAACCACGACAGGGAGCCAGCCAGUCGCAAGCGCCGCAGUCAAGCUCGAUGUCCCCAAGCCGUGACAACCGAUAUCUUACAACCACCACGAAUAAAGUCGUCUCCACGCAGACAACAUCUCCGUACACUUUGUCCCCUCUUCAACAUGAUGUCCCCUCCGAUCGAGAUGAUCGAAACAACUUCGAUCUCAACCGAGUCUGUUAUCCAAUGAAAGACGGCAAAUUUUUCUCCUGGCCGAGCGAAGAGGAUCACACCCCAACCCCACACUGGCUCCGUUUAGAGAAGGGAAUGUACUGCCCUUAUGUGGGCGGUAAAGUCGGUGGAGGCAAGGAUUACGGUCCCUGCUUGAUCAAGCCCACACGCAUUGUCAAGCUCGACUACUGUAUUGCAAAACGGCUUGUCAAGAUUACACGCCCUUGGCUAAACGAUCCCGAGGCGUAUGUUUUCUUUGGCUUUACCAAUCAAGUAGAAGACUUUCUACAAAGCGUCAAAGAUGGAUGGCCGGACACUAAGAUGGCGAAAUUCAAAAGCUCUGAGAUCCCGGACCUAUUUCCGUAA